GUCCAGCGGCUGUCAGCGGUGAUGAGGGAAAUUAUCCUUCUUUGGUCUAACACGGAUCCAAACAGGCUGGAGGUGAUUCCUGAAACAGAAAAUGGGAAACGCGGACACCAAACUUCACUUCAGAAAAGCGGUGAUUCAGCUCACAACCAAAACGCAGCCCGUAGAGGCCACAGACGACGCCUUCUGGGAUCAGUUCUGGGCCGACACCUCCACCAACGUCCAGGACAUUUUCGCUCUGGUGCCAGCCGCAGAAAUCCGAGCUGUUAGAGAGGAGUCACCGUCAAACCUGGCAACCCUCUGCUACAAGGCGGUGGAGAGGUUAGUCCAGGGUGCAGACUCCGGCUGCCCCUCAGACAAAGAGCGCCAGGUUGUCUUAAACUGCACCCGCCUGCUCACACGCAUCCUGCCCUACAUCUUCGAGGACGCCGACUGGAGAGGCUUCUUCUGGUCCACCGUGCCUGGAGCCGGCAGAGCGCGGCAUUUGGAUGAUGAUGGUGACGAUGAUGAAGCUCGACCGCUGGCUGAGUCUCUGCUUCUCGCCAUCGCCGAUCUGCUCUUCUGUCCAGAUUUUACCACUCAGAGCCACAAGAAGAACAGCGCAGAUUUUUCUGAGGAUAUCCGCUCCAUCGACAGCUGUGAGUACAUCUGGGAGGCCGGGGUUGGCUUUGCUCAGUCUCCUCCUCUGAAUUACGUCCAUGACCUUAACAGGACGGAGCUGCUGAAGCUGCUGCUCACGUGUUUCUCUGAGGCGAUGUACCUCCCUCCGUCCUCUGACAGGAAAAACCUCAAUCCCUGGGUCUCCUUCUUCUGCUCUGCAGAAAACAGACACGCUCUGCCUCUCUUCACCUCCCUGCUCAACGUGGUGUGUGCGUACGACCCCGUGGGCUACGGCAUCCCCUACAACCACCUGCUGUUCUCCGACCACCGAGAGCAGCUGGUGGAGCAGGCUGUCCAGAUCCUUAUCGUCACCCUGGAGCACGAUGCCGGGUCGGCCACCAGCGCCGCACUCAAGGCCCUGGAGACCGCCGUGUCGUCCUCAGGUGUGGAGGAUGUAGAGCCGGUGGGACCUGAUAACCUCUUUGUGAAUUAUCUGUCCAGGAUCCACAGAGAAGAGGACUUGAGCUUCAUCCUUAAAGGUCUGGCCCACCUGCUGAACAACCCUCUGAUCCAGACGUACCUGCCUCGCUCCACCAAGAGGAUCCAGUUUCACCAGGAGCUCCUGAUACUCUUCUGGAAAUUCUGCGACUUUAACAAGAAGUUCCUGUUCUUUGUGCUGAAGAGCAGCGAUGUGUUGGACAUGCUCGUUCCCAUCCUCUUCAACCUGAACGAUGCCAGAGCCGACCAGUCUCGUGUGGGCCUCAUGCACAUCGGCGUGUUCAUCCUGCUGCUACUGAGUGGAGAGAGAAACUUUGGCGUUCGUCUGAAUAAACCAUACACGCUCAGAGUCCCCAUGGAUAUUCCUGUUUUUACCGGAACCCACGCAGACCUGCUCAUCGUGGUCUUUCAUAAAAUCAUCACCAGUGGACACCAGCGUCUCCAGCCUCUGUUUGACUGUCUGCUCACCAUCAUAGUCAACAUCUCCCCUUAUCUGAAGAGUCUGUCCAUGGUCGCUGCCAACAAGCUGCUCCACCUGCUGGAGGCUUUCUCCACGCCGUGGUUCCUCUUCUCCUCCUCCCAGAACCACCACCUGGUCUUCUUCCUGCUGGAGGUCUUCAACAACAUCAUCCAGUAUCAGUUUGAUGGUAACUUUAACCUGGUCUACGCCAUCAUCAGGAAGAGGAAUGUUUUCCACCAGCUGGCCAACCUGCCGUCUGAUACGGCGUUAAUCCAGAAAGCUCUGCAGAAGAAGAAGCAGACGGGGAUUUCUAGAACAAACUCUAAGGAGAAUGAGUCCAUGGAGGGCUCCAGACCGGCUGUACCUGCUGAGCCCGGGACGUUUAAAACCAGUUUAGAGGCCACUCCAGGUAUUGAUAAGAUCACAGAGAAGUCCCAGGUGAGUGAAGAUGGUACGAUGGUCACUGUUCCUCACUCAGAGCCUCCACAGAUGAUGGCUGACGGCAGAGCUGCAGCUGGAGCAAGUGACACAGAGUCGAAUUCUGGGAGAGAACACGAGUUGUACCACACAGAGUCAGAAGCAGCAAGGAGUCGUCUGUCCAGCGUGUCAUCAUCAGCAGCCUGGAGCGCCAAUCCUGACUGGGUGUUGUCCUGGAAGUCCAAGCUUCCUCUUCAGACCAUCAUGAGGCUCUUACAGGUUCUGGUCCCACAGGUGGAGAAGAUCUGCAUCGACAAGGGUUUGACAGACGAGUCAGAAAUCUUAAAGUUCCUCCAGCACGGCACGCUGGUCGGCCUCUUGCCUGUCCCUCAUCCCAUCCUCAUCAGGAAGUACCAAGCCAACGCCGGCACCGCCAUGUGGUUCAGGACAUACAUGUGGGGCGUCAUCUACCUACGCAAUGUGGAUCCUCCAAUCUGGUACGACACGGACAUCAGGCUCUUUGAGAUCCAGAGGAUUUAAAGAUGCCGGGUGGGAUCCACGUUUCUGUUCGUUUCAGCCUGUCCACCUUCUGGGAUCCGUGGAACUCCACACACCUUCUCUGGUGUUUUUUUUUUUCAGGAAAUAAAAGCAGAGAGUGUGUU